AGCCGCGGCCGGGGCGGGCACGCCAGGGUGGGGGCCUCCGGGCCUGGCCCUCCCUCCGGCUCCGGCCCGACCCCCCUCCCGCCACCUACUGGCCCCGUCUCGCCCCGUCACCUAGACUCCGAGCCGCCACCUCCCCAGGGUCCCCACCUCUCCAGCCCUCCGACCUUCCUGCUUUGCCGCGGGGGCGGAAGUGACGAAGGCCCACGGGCACCCGCAAAAUGCUCCCGCCGACGCACAGCAGUGACGACACAUAAGGUUUCGGGGACUGAGGGGGUUUCAGACUUUCUCGCAGGAUUUCCGCUAGCUUCAGGUUCCUGGCAGGCGUCGGGACAGAGCCUGACCCAGGCUUCGGCGGCCGGUGGCAGCUCUCGAUCAGCUCUCGCAGUCGGAGAGGCGGCUAAGGAAAGGUUCCACAGCAGAGGCGCGCAGGAGAGGCCCUAGAACCUUUUCAAAGAAGAAUGGAAGAAACCAUGAAGCUUGAUACGAUGGAAGACACAGUGGAGUACCACCUGUUCCUGAUACCAGAUGAGUCAAGGGACUCAGAUAAACACGAAGAGGUUCUUCAAAAGUACAUUGAGAGAAUAAUGACUCAGUUUGCACCUAUGCUGGUCCCCUACAUCUGGCAGAAUCAGCCUUUCAAUCUCAAAUAUAAACCUGGGAAAGGAGGUGUUCCUGCUCAUAUGUUUGGCGUGACAAAGUUUGGGGAUAAUAUUGAGGAUGAAUGGUUUAUUGUUUAUGUAAUAAAGCAGAUCACAAAGGAAUUUCCAGAGUUAGUAGCAAGGAUUGAAGACAAUGAUGGUGAAUUCUUGUUAAUAGAAGCUGCUGACUUUCUCCCUAAAUGGCUGGAUCCUGAUAAUAGCACCAAUAGGGUAUUUUUCCACCAUGGGGAACUGUGUAUUAUUCCUGCAUCACGAAAACCUGGAGCAGAAUCUUGGUUACCCGCCACACCCCCAACAAUUCCACAAGCAUUGAAUAUAAUCGCAGCACAUUCAGAAAAAAUACUUGCUUCAGAAUCUAUACGAGCUGCUGUGAAUAGGCGCAUCAGAGGGUACCCAGAAAAAAUUCAGGCCUCCCUUCAUCGAGCACACUGCUUCCUUCCAGCUGGCAUUGUGGCAGUGCUAAAGCAGCGCCCCAGAUUGGUGGCUGCAGCAGUCCAGGCAUUUUACCUACGAGACCCUAUUGACCUGCGAGCUUGUCGUGUUUUUAAGACAUUCUUGCCUGAAACACGAAUAAUGACAUCGGUCACAUUCACUAAAUGUCUAUAUGCACAGUUGGUGCAACAAAGGUUUGUGCCAGACCGGCGGAGUGGAUACAGGCUUCCUCCUCCAUCUGAUCCCCAGUACCGAGCCCAUGAAUUGGGCAUGAAAUUGGCUCAUGGAUUUGAGAUCUUAUGCUCCAAAUGUAGCCCACAUUUUUCUGACUGCAAGAAAUCUCUUGUGACUGCCUCACCACUCUGGGCCAGUUUCCUUGAAAGUCUGAAAAAGAAUGAUUACUUUAAGGGACUGAUAGAAGGUUCUGCUCAGUACCGGGAAAGGCUAGAAAUGGCAGAGAAUUACUUCCAGCUCUCAGUAGACCGGCCAGAAAGUUCUCUUGCUAUGAGCCCUGGUGAAGAAAUCUUAACCUUAUUACAGACAAUACCAUUUGAUAUAGAAGACCUUAAGAAAGAAGCAGCUAAUCUUCCCCCAGGGGAUGAUGACCAGUGGUUAAAUCUCUCACCAGAUCAGCUGGACCAGCUGCUGCAGGAAGCUGCUGGCAAAAAAGAAUCAGAGUCUGUUUCCAAGGAGGAGAAGGAGCAGAACUGUGACUUAACUCAAGUCUCAGAGAGCAUGAAAGCUUUCAUAUCCAAAGUCUCAACCCACAAGGGAGCAGAGCUGCCUCAAGAACCUUCUGAAGCUCCAAUCACUUUUGAUGCAGAUUCUUUUCUUAAUUAUUUUGAUAAGAUUUUAGGGCCAAGGCCUCAUGAGUCAGAUUCUGAUGAUCUGGAUGAGGAAGACUUUGAAUGUUUAGAUAGUGAUGAUGACUUGGACUUCGAAACACACAAACCUGGUGAAGAGGCUUCUCUGAAAGGAACUCUUGAUAAUCUCAAGUCAUACAUGGCCCAGAUGGACCAGGAACUAGCACACACCUGCAUCAGCAAAAGUUUCACCACUAGGAAGCAAGUGGAACCUGUAUCCCAGACUACCGAUAACAAUUCAGAUGAGGAAGAUUCUGGUACAGGAGAAUCUGUUAUGGCACCUGUAGAUGUAGACCUGAAUCUGGUUUCAAAUAUAUUGGAAUCCUAUAGCUCCCAAGCUGGACUGGCAGGACCUGCUUCCAAUCUUUUACAAAGCAUGGGAGUGCAGCUGCCUGACAACACGGAUCACAGACCAACAAGUAAGGCAACGAAAAAUUAACCAGCACAUUUAGCUUCUCUUUUUUCUUUUUAAAUAAAUAUUGAAUAUGAUUCUGUUCA